AGUCACAUUCUAUGCGAAGAUGUUGUCAUCGUCUCGUCUAUCCAAGCUAGACCCGACGCCCAAGAUCCCAUAAUGCUGGUCUGUCUAUGCACGAAGAACAGUCAUCCAUGGUGAGCAGGCGCGGAACACCAUUAGCCACCUUGGGCCGCGUAUACUGUCGCUUCAAUCCUGGUAGAGAUUCUUGAUACUCUACAUCAUCAUGAGCGGGCUGCCCACGAGGCCGGCAGAGUUGUCAUCGUCAAAGAGACGCAAGAAUCAAACAUGCUUCUAUAAAUUGAUCAAAUUCGUUCCGCCUCCUCCUCUUCUUCUUUCUCUCCGACAACUGACCACGAUAUCCAACAUGUAUCCAUUCCCAACUCCUCUCCCAUCACCACCUCCCACACCACCACUACCUCCUCAACCACUACCAAACCCACAAAUACUACCACCACUCCCACCUCCUACACCACCGCCCCAACCACAACCACAGCCUCAGCUUCAGCCGCCACCUAAUCCUUCAAAUCCACCCAAUCCACCUAAUCCUCCAAAUUCGCUAAACCCUCCGAAUCCACCAAACCCUCCUCCAAACUCUCCAAAUCCACCUAAUCCAAAUCCUCCACCACCUCCCACUCAAACCUCCACCCCCACCCCCACAACUCUACUCACCACCAAAAUCGUCAUUGCAACCGCGGUUCAGGGACUCCACCUGAUUCCUAUCGUACUCGAGCCACAAGAAGAGGCCCAGAGCCAGACUCAGAGUACCGAGGAAUCCGAGCCCAGCAACAGCAACAGCAACAGCAACAGCAACAGCAACAGCAACAGCAACAGCAACUCCGGUGAUUAAUCCUCUCUAUGGCACGGGUUGAAGAACCUGGAAAGUACUCCGUGAGGGGAAUGGCGGUGGAUGAGUUAAGGGCUUAUG